AUGAAGCUGAACAUCGAGGGUCUGCUGGUGUAUUUUCCGUAUGACUACAUCUAUCCAGAGCAGUACUCCUACAUGCUGGAGCUGAAGAGGACUCUGGAUGCCAAGGGCCACGGAGUCCUGGAGAUGCCUUCAGGAACUGGGAAGACUAUCUCUCUGCUUUCCCUCAUUAUCGCCUAUCAGAAGGCUUUUCCUCUGGAGGUGACCAAACUGAUUUACUGCUCCAGAACAGUUCCAGAGAUCGAGAAGGUUGUGGAGGAGCUGAGGAAGCUGAUGGAGUUCUACUCCAAAGAAACGGGAGAGGCCAACAACUUCCUGGGUCUGGCGCUGUCCUCCAGGAAGAACCUCUGCAUCCACCCCGAGGUGAGCUCCCUGCGCUUUGGGAAGGAGGUGGACGGGAAAUGCCACAGCCUGACGGCCUCCUACAUCCGGGCGCAGCGGCACAGCAACUCCAACGUGCCGGUGUGUCGCUUCUAUGAGGAAUUCGAUGCAGUCGGGCGGCAGGUGCCUCUGCCCGCCGGCAUCUACAACCUGGACGACCUGAAGGAGUUUGGCAGGAGGAAAGGCUGGUGUCCCUACUACCUGGCUCGCUAUUCGAUCCUGCACGCCAACAUCGUCGUGUACAGCUACCACUACCUCCUGGACCCCAAAAUAGCCGACCUGGUGUCCAAAGAGCUGGCCAAGAAGUCGGUGGUGGUGUUCGACGAGGCCCAUAACAUCGACAACGUGUGCAUCGACUCCAUGAGCGUGAACAUCACCAGGCGCACGCUGGACCGCUGCCAGGGCAACGUGGACACGCUGCAGAACACCAUCCAAAAGAUAAAGGAGACGGACGCCGCCAAGCUGAGGCAGGAGUACCGGCGGCUGGUGGAGGGGCUGAAGGAGGCCAACGUUGCCAGGGAGACGGACGUCUACCUGGCCAAUCCGGUGCUGCCCGACGAGAUACUCCAAGAGGCGGUCCCGGGCUCCAUCCGGACGGCGGAGCACUUUGUGGGCUUCAUGAGGCGGUUCCUGGAGUACCUGAAGGCCCGGCUGCGGGUCCAGCACGUGGUCCAGGAGAGCGCCCCCCAGUUCCUAAAGGACAUCUUCGAGAAAGUCUGCAUCGACCGGAAGCCCCUCAGGUUUUGUGCGGAGAGGCUGCAGUCGCUGCUCAGGACUCUGGAGAUCGCCGACAUCGCAGACUUCUCCGCCGUCACCUUAAUCUCCAACUUUGCCACUCUGGUCAGCACCUACAGCCAAGGCUUCACCAUCAUCAUCGAGCCGUUUGAGGACAGAACUCCGACCAUCGCCAACCCCGUGCUGCACUUCAGCUGCAUGGACCCGUCCAUCGCCAUCAAACCGGUUUUUCAGAGGUUCCAGUCGGUGGUCAUCACCUCAGGGACUCUCUCCCCUCUGGACAUCUAUCCCAGAAUCCUCGACUUCCGCCCCGUUACCAUGGCGUCCUUCACCAUGACGCUCGCGCGGACCUGCCUUUGUCCUCUGAUCGUUGGCAGGGGGAACGACCAGGUGGCCCUCAGCUCAAAGUUUGAGACCAGAGAGGACUUUGCUGUGAUCCGUAACUACGGCAACCUCCUCCUGGAGAUGUCGGCCAUCGUUCCCGACGGGAUCGUGGCCUUCUUCACCAGCUACGUCUACAUGGAGAACAUCGUGGCGUCGUGGUAUGAGCAGGGGAUCCUGGAGAACAUCCAGAGGAACAAGCUGAUCUUCAUCGAGACUCCGGACGCAGCAGAGACCAGCAUGGCCCUGGAAAAAUACCAGGAGGCCUGUGAGAACGGCCGAGGGGCCAUCCUGCUGUCCGUGGCCAGAGGAAAAGUCUCCGAAGGGAUAGACUUCGUGCACCACUUUGGCCGGGCCGUCAUCAUGUUCGGCGUCCCGUACGUGUACACGCAGAGCCGCAUCCUGAAGGCCCGGCUGGAGUACCUGCGGGACCAGUUUCAGAUCCGAGAGAACGACUUCCUGACCUUUGACGCCAUGCGGCACGCGGCCCAGUGCGUGGGCCGGGCCAUCCGGGGCAAGACCGACUACGGCCUCAUGGUGUUCGCCGACAAGCGCUACGCCCGGGCCGACAAACGGGGGAAGCUGCCCCGCUGGAUCCAGGAGCACAUCACGGACGGAAGCCUGAACCUGACCGUGGACGAGGCCGUCCAGCUGUCCAAGCACUUCCUCAGGCAGAUGGCACAGCCGUUCAGACAGGAGGACCAGCUGGGUCUGUCUCUGCUGACCCUGGAGCAGCUGGAGUCGGAGGAAAUGCUGCAGAAAAUCGCUCAGAUCGCUCAUCAGACAUAAAGACGGUUCGGAAAAGGCCCCGGACAAAGCAGAGGUCAGUGUUCUGGAUCCCAGCAGAUCUGAGGGGCCGUCCUUUGGAUUUGUGGGACUGGAAAACCUCUUUUGGGCCAACUGGAAUCAGCCUCUGAAGUCGUCUCUAAGUCUCAGAAGAGCACCUAACGCCAUCUAGUUGUCACUUUAGAGAUAGCCUCCACCUAAAAAGGAAGAACAUCCACUCACUUUCCGACAGGAAAUGUCCUCUGAAUGUUCUGUAAAAGUAGUUUCCAUGUUGGAGAAGCUACAGUUGUUUAAUUUGGUC